UCAGGGGAGAUAGUGUUGUUGUUUGUUGUUUUAAGCCUGAGUUUGGUCCCACCACUCUCAGGAGAGAAGAGAGAGAGCAUAAGGCUGUUAUAGCUCACUGACAGGGACUACAUGGGACGGCCCACUCCAGGGAGCAUCUGAUGGGAUUAUAACACUCUUUCCAGCUCACUUUUUUUCCCCACACUAAGAAUAACUCUGCUCAGUCUGUUGGUGAUAUAGCAUCACAGAGGCAACCCUGUGUUCAAGUGGACACCUUUGUGUCAAUGUUGCCGGACCUGAUUUUUUUUUUUUUUUAAAGACACAAAGAAAAUACCUGGAGCCCAUUGUUGAGGAAUUCGGUUUUGUCAGCUUGCAGCUCAUUUGGAAGAAUUCAAGCUUGCUGUUUCCUAUUUAGGAAUACGAGGAGAGAGAGAGAGAGAAAAGAAAACCUCACACACGAGAGAAAGGAGCGUUUAUCUUGGCACGUCUGUGGUGAGCUGAAAGGAGAACCAGUGAAGAAGUAGUCCCAGAUGAACACUGACAGCUGACACCUUCCUCAAUUUCACUUGAUUUGAUUCGACCACAUGCUUUCACUGUCAGUGAGAUGAUGUGCUAACUCACUGUCUGAUUGGUCUCUAACAGCCAACACUCUUUGCCUUUUUAGGCACACACACACACAUACACACACACACACACACACACACACACACACACACACACACACACACACUGAGCUAAACCUUUUUGAUUCUUCCUUUACCACAAAAAAACAGAUGGACAUAUCGUUAAUGCCGGGACCAAAAGCUGAACCACGAAUUGAAUUUUUUCCACUUUGAUGCACUUUGAUCUGUUGAUUCUGCACUGACCUGGAAGUGAAUUGCUUCUAGCUAAAAAGUUUUAUCUAAUAAAUACAGAGGAGGACUCAGCAGGCCUGUCUCUUACUGUUUGCGUUUACUUUCAUUCUUACAAGGCACAGCUGAUGACACUGUUGUGUUUUGCUGUUUUGCAUUUUCAUCUCGCUUUACAUUUACUGCUAUUGGACCUGUUUUUCCUGCACAGUCUUGUCAAAGGGACUGGUUCCUCAUAACCUGUAACCCACAACGUUUUGGACAGCUUUUGCGAUUUUAUGACAGCAUGGGGUUUUCAGUCGUGCCGCAGAAGUUCACUUUUUUUAUCCCGCGCCUCUCGAAGCUGCUAUUUUGAUGCCUCCCUGAACUCAACCCAAAUCUUUUUGAACCUGCCAAUAAAAUGAUGAACAAAGACUCUCGCUUUUCAAGGAAGAUGCACGGCAACUUCUCCACCCGCAGGCACUCGUGCAUUGGUUUUGACGUGGAGAAUGGAUUGUCAGUGGGGCGCAGCCCCCUGGACCCACAGACCAGCCCUGGCUCUGGUCUGGUCUUACAGGCCAACUUUCCUCACAGCCAGCGACGGGAAUCCUUCCUCUACCGCUCCGACUCUGACUUUGACCUUUCACCAAAAGGUCCUUCCAGAAACUCCUCCACUGCCAGUGACCUGGAAGAAAGCUUGAAGCACUGGGAAGUCAACUGGUUGUCAUCUCGACAUACAGAAGACAUGAUUGUCACGCCAUUUGCACAGGUCCUCGCCAGCCUGAGGACAGUCCGAAGUAACUUUGCAGUCAUAACUGGCCAGCAAGACCGCACAGCCAGCAAGACACGAUCCUCAGGCAGCAACCCACCGUCCAUGUGCAAGUCCAGCCUUGCAGAGGAGCCUCACCAGCAGCUGGCCAUAGAGACUCUAGAUGAGCUGGACUGGUGUCUGGAACAGUUAGAGACACUGAAAACUCGUCACUCUGUCAGCGAGAUGGCUUCCAACAAGUUCAAGAGGAUGCUGAACCGAGAGCUCACCCAGCUGUCAGAAACCAGCCGUUCAGGGAACCAAGUGUCUGAGUUCAUCUCUAGCACCUUCCUAGAGAAGCCACAUGACAUGGACAUCAUGUCUCCCUCCAGCAAGGAGAAGGACAAGAAGCCCAUGUCCAAGAUCAGCGGGGUGAAGAAAGCCACCCACAGCCCCAGCCUUGCACCCUCCACCAUCCCCCGCUUUGGGGUCAACGCCAGCCAGGAAGGACUCCUAGCCAGGGAGUUGGAGGACAUAAACAGAUGGGGUAUUGACAUCUUUAAGGUCUCUGAGUACUCUGGAAAUCGCCCACUGACGGUCACCAUGUACACAAUCUUCCAGGAACGUGACCUGCUGAAGUCCUUUAAGAUUCCAGCGGACACUUUCAUCACCUUCAUGAUGACUUUGGAGGAUCAUUACCAUGCGGACGUGGCCUACCACAACAACAUCCAUGCUGCGGACGUGGUCCAGUCCACGCACGUCUUACUGUCCACACCUGCUCUGGAGGCUGUGUUUACCGAUCUGGAGAUCCUUGCCGCUCUUUUUGCAAGCGCCAUCCAUGACGUGGAUCACCCUGGAGUUUCCAAUCAGUUUCUCAUCAACACCAAUUCAGAGCUGGCCCUGAUGUACAAUGACUCGUCGGUGCUGGAGAAUCACCACCUGGCUGUUGGCUUUAAGCUUCUGCAGGAAGACAACUGUGACAUCUUUCAGAACCUCAGCAAAAAACAGAGACAGUCGCUGCGCAAGAUGGUCAUAGAUAUGGUGCUGGCCACAGAUAUGUCUAAACACAUGAACCUACUGGCAGACUUGAAAACCAUGGUGGAGACCAAGAAAGUCACAAGUCUAGGAGUCCUACUGCUGGACAACUACUCAGAUCGCAUACAGGUCCUUCAGAACAUGGUGCACUGUGCAGAUCUGAGCAACCCCACCAAGCCUCUUGAGCUUUACCGACAGUGGACAGACCGUAUCAUGGUGGAGUUUUUCACCCAGGGGGACAGGGAGAGAGACAAAGGCAUGGAGAUCAGCCCCAUGUGUGACAAACAAAAUGCCUCAGUAGAAAAGAACCAGGUGGGUUUCAUUGACUACAUUGUUCAUCCUCUGUGGGAAACAUGGGCCGACCUUGUCCACCCAGAUGCUCAGGAGAUCCUGGACACACUGGAGGAUAACAGAGAGUGGUACCAGAGCACGAUCCCCCACAGCCCCCACAGCCCCUCACCCAACCCGGAGGGCCAGGAGGAAGGAGCCCUUGCCGGUGAAGCUUCAGCGCUCAGUGGUGGCUCCAUUUCGGCUGACAAGUUCCAGUUUGAGCUAACCUUGGAAGAAGAAGGAGAAUCUGAUACUGAGAGCCCACCUGAGGAAGAGGAGGGUUACAGUAGCAGCAGGGGGCCCGAAAUGUCCAGAACUGAUUCUGGCCGUGGAUUUGAUGCGGUGUCUGCUACGACUCGCCUGCUCACCAGAAAGCUCACUACUGAUUCAGGCAGGACGUUUUCUUUAGACUCUGAGAAAGAUAUGGCAGAAGACAGAGAAAUAGACCAGGAAGGCGUCUCUGAGGUACCACGCUUCAGACUUGGUACAUAGCACCAGUCAAGGGUUGUAUUUUUGUUUUGGCCUUUUUUGUUUCUUGUUCUUGAUUUUCGGUGCCUCAUCCUCUGUCACUCCCCUUCUGCCACUCCAACCUAACACCACCACCUCUAGUUUCCGCGGACAGGGUGAUAGCAAGCCUCGGGGUGGAGAGUAGGGGGAGUGCGGGUGGGUGUGGAGGGUGUUAAGAAAGUCUGCAGUUUUACACAGCAGUCACUUGCACUGGAGAGAGACAGAGAGACUGUUCCAGUAGAGAACAGGAAACCAAGGUUCUGACAGGUCCUUUGUGUUCAGUGUCUUUCACACAGACAUACGGUGGAUAAAGUUCUACAGAGACAAUGAGAAGUUUGAAAAACUUCCCUUUUACCAGCCAACCCAAGGUCUACUACAACAAACGACUAAAACUGUCUUCCUCUUUUGGAGUAUUUGUAAAGAAAGUGAGGAAGUGAUGAAUGGCCGCGAAAACACAACAAAGUCUUGUAAGAUACUUUGCCAAACUUGCAAUUUACAGGGACAAUGCUGUUUUGCCUGCCUUCUUUUUUGUUUGUUUGUUUAUUCUGUUGUCUUUUAUUUAGUUCCACACACACACACACACACACACACACACACACACACACAGUGAAAUACAGUAAAUGAAGAUACAAUAACGUUAAACUUCAAAGCAGUGUAAGUGCAGGAAACUAAAUGUAGCAGACAUUUCGAGUGACUCUGUCAUUAUUAUUGUAUACGUAGCACUCCUCUCAGCUGCUGUUGCACGGCAUAUUUCGUUGUGUUCAGCAAGCAGCUGUCUUGGGAAGGAUAUGAUUAUAAUGAAGUGGCUGGCAGUACAUGUUAUUUGAGAUUUUCACUUGUUUCAGGCUUAGUAUUUCCAUUUUUAUAAUCUAUGACAUUGCGACAGCGACAAAACUGAGCCAGGGUCAGUAUAGUGUUAUACAGUGAUGGAGUUGCAUCCAAAGCAAUAUGGGCUGUGCACAUGGUGCCUCCCAGUGUUGACAAGUGGAACUGAAGUUCUGACAUCAGAGGCAAAUGAUUUGCAAGGUUUUGCAUCGGCCUGUAUGGAAAAUACAUUCAAAACUUUCCGUCCUACGUAACUGUAGGCCUACCCAAAAUAUCAGUUGUGUGUCAGUUUUGUUGCUGUUUUUGUUGCUGUUUUGUUUUUAAAUUUUAUUUCAAUUCACUAAUGUUUUUUUUGUUUUGUUGCAUUCUUAAUAUUUGGCACCCAUUUUAUCAGUUUGCCUUCAAGUUUAGCACUUUACAGUUUUGAUUAUAGCUAGCCCUCAUUGUGUUUUUUAAAGGGCUUGAGCCAAAACAUUAACACAUUGGAGGCUGUUGACUGCAAAACAGUUUUGUCAUUCACUGUUAAGCAACCAGUGCAGACAUCGUGCAAAAAAAAAAAAAAAAAAAAACUCACUACACUACAGUUAAAGAUUCAUCAAACUGUCCAUUCAGAUCCAUUAUCUUUACUACGUAAUGUGUCACACACAGCAUCCACCCACUGAAAUUCUGUUUUUGGCAACAUCCACUUGCGUAGUGUAUUCGAAGGGUUGCAAAGAAAGAUGUUAGCAGCAUUGUAACUAUAUAUAUAAAAAAAAAAAUCCAGGAGGUUACCAAGAGACAGUUUCAUGUGCCAAUAUUAUUUUCAUCUUUUUUCUCUCAUUGAUCAAUAUUUUGCUCUUCACAAGGACAUAGUCAAUGACAAAACAAGUGCCAAGCAAGCAUGACACAACCCGUACUGUAAUUUCCAUUUUGCCACUGGCUACUUUCCAUCAGUGAAUGAUAAAGUUGGUUGAUUGUAGCACUCUGUGUGCCAAUCUGACCCCAGUGUCUCUGUUCCUUUUUUUCUAACUCGUGUUCAAACAGUAACUGAAACUGAUAUUGUCUUAAAACAGUGACGUGUUUUGUAUGUGUGUGUGUGUGUGUGUAUGAGAGAGACAGAGAGAGAGACAGAGAGAGAGAGAGAAUGACUGAGUUGACUUGUUUGAUGUAUUUGCUAAGAAAAAAACCAAAGCACUUUGUAUGGUACUUUUACAGUUCUGCACUUCCAGUACAGUCGAACAUGUAUAACGUGACUGUUUCACUGUUUCUCUGUUGGCAAAUGGCCUGGUGGUUGGAGUUGGAUUGCACGGGCUGGACCACUACAGCUCUUAAAGGUUGGAUGUUGGAGGGACUGAAGUUGUUUUUUUGUUGUUCUUUUUAUAAUUGACUGUACAAAAAAGGUGUUUUGUUGAAAUGCAUGAUAUUGGCUGCAGGAUUUCAAAGAAUAUGAAGAGUAUAUAGAGUACUUACAAAACUUAGCCUGUGGAGAAACUAUAUUUUAUUACCAUGGAACAGAGUAAAUCAUGUUUUAACGUGUGACUGAGAUGAACGUUUUUUUGAGGGUUUUUUUGACGCCUUGUUUUCAAACCUGGGAAUUUUUUUUUUCUGGUCAUAGAUGUGUUCACUGACAUGCUGGAGUAAAAACAUGUGCAAUCUUUUCUGUAGCCACAAACAGCACCAAACAGUCUAACACUCAAGGAUGCCUUCAAGCCUUCAAGGACUAUUUAACAACAGCUUAACCAGCACAACAUGCAAAGAUACAGUCUGUCUCUCUGUGUGUCACUAAUUGUUUGAUUUUGUACAUUUUCCUCACAGUGCUUCGUGUACAGUUUAUUUAUUAUUUCUAUAUAAUCUGUCAGAAACGAUGGAACAGUAGACUUUAUUUUAGUCUGAGGUUUAGUACUUAUGUGUAGCGUGAUGUGUGAGAAAGUCAAACAGGACAGAUUUCAACUAUUACUCAGCUUUUUUCCUUCUUCCUUCCUCCUUUUCAUUUCUACAAACAACAUUAUACAUAAACAAAAAUUACUCACUUUCAUGUUUUUCUUGGUAUAAAUGUAGUUAAGUGACACAAUGUUUUUUCAGAUGUCAGGGUUUUCUGAAAAAUCUUUCCUCUCUUGUCUUCCUCUGUUUCCACUGAUCUGGUCAGAUCAUGUAUUCAUUAUGGAUCUUACAGUAAGUGUGCUGAUCUGAGACUUCUUCUUUGAGUCAUAGUGAAGAUAAUAGUCAUACGGCCUCCAGCCAUCUUAGAUCAGUGUUUUCUGUUCCUAGAGAUUUUAUGAAUAUGGGUCGUGAACUCAGACUCUCUGCAGCUUUGACAAUCCAAACUCUGCUGUUUAACUGUGGGUGUGUUAGCCCUCUCUCCAACUAGAACUGUAUGCCUUGCCAAUAAAGGAAAAUGUCUUCAC